CUUUGGAAAAUCAUUCUAACUUGAAGCUGGAAAAAAUAAGGAAACUCACAUCAUGUGGUGUAAUCUAUUACUUGUCUUUCUUUUUCCACUGCUGCCGGCAUUCUCGUUCGGCAUUAAGGAGGUAACGUUUUUGCGUCCCAACGAGCCACACGUCCAGGAUGUCCAAACGAUGCUCCAGAUGCUGUACGUUCACAAUAAGGUACAUGUAUUUUGCAAGGAAGCCACACCGCCGUCCUUGUGGAACGUAUUCCAGAGCAGUCGCCUGCGCCUCCAGAUUCCCGCUGCCGAGGACUACAAGCAAUACAAGGCGGAAUCCAUAAAAGCAGUUCACCAGGCUCAUUACGGAGUCAUGGAGGACUUUGAGGGGAAACCGAUGGGAUUGGGGACAAAUAAGCAUCGGAUCAUAUCACUGAGUGCCCAUAAUGACGCCUGCUAUGGCAUCUACACGAAUAGCGAGUUCGCGCUCACCCUGGAGGUAAAUUCCUGCGAUAUAGAGCGGGUUGCCCAGUUCAUAUUUGGCUUUGUCUUGUGGAUAUGCUGCCCCCUCCUGACGAAUUCGCUGCUCUGGGUUUAUUGUACGGCAGCGGCCCUGGGUGCUCAUUUGGCUGGCGUGGUUGUGGUUUUUGGAGCUGUGCUCGCAUCGGGCGAAGAACGCAGCUUUGCUCGUCUUUGUCCACUCAAGGCCAACUUCAAGCAGGUGUACGAGGAACGGCCCACUUUGGUAUCCCUGAUGCUGUUGGUUGGCGCUUGGAUUGUCUAUGGUGGAUCUAAAAAGGGCCGCUUACUGUGGCGAUACCGGAUCAUUCGCACCCUUCAUUGUCGCCUACUAAGGGGCGUCGCCUAUUACCUAAUUCUUAACGCCUCCGAUUACCGCGACUUUGGAAGGAGUUGCGUGGUCGUGUUGCUGGUUUGGCCAGAAGUCUGGCAACUUAUGAACUUCCUAAGGUCACAGUACAUGCAGUAUUCCAACCAGAGGUGCUUGCUCGGGGUGAAAGAGGUUAAGAGAGACAUGUGUACCAAUAGGUCGAGGCAGGUGGAUCCGCCUCGGCAUUUCCCCAGGUACCGAAGUGAGGACAAUCCUGGAAUUCUCAGAAACGCCACUCAGCAGCCGUUUGCAACUUACGAAAACAGCGACAGGCACAUGCGGAGACACCAGGAGCCGCUUGAUCGACAAGGUAGGGAAGACAAGGACGAGGCCUGGAACACGAUAUUUUAUCCCAACGCCCGUUCUCCACCAUUUUCCGAAUACAGAUUAAGAAGUUGUUAAAAUAAGUUUAAAAAAAUAGCUGAUAUGAUGUAUAACAAUAGCUUGCUAAAUUUCCAUUGUUCAAUUAUAAUAUUUUCAAUAAUAUUCUAAUAUUGGCUUCUUUA